GUCUUCUGUUCACUGCAAUGUGACAUUGACAUGUAACCACGUGGAGCGCGAGUGACGCUCAGCGUUCUGUCCAACGAGUUAGAAAUUUUAACUCGUUGGUUCUGUCAUAUGUAUUAUGUAAUGUGUUUGUUACCAAGAAGCGAUCGUAAUGGCUACAACCAACACUAAGGAUGGCAGUUUCGCGAGCGAUAUGGGUGCUCUGUUAGAAUCCGGCGAGGGUGCGGACGUGACCCUGGUGGUCGGCACCUCGCAGCUGCCGGCCCACAGUUUCGUGUUAGCGGCGAGGAGCCCCGUCUUUGCUGCCACGUUCCGGAACGACACGAAAGAAGCUCGCAGUCGUCGAAUCGAGAUAACUGACGUGCGGGAAGCUGUGCUGAGGCAGCUGCUGCGUUUCAUGUACACCGACGAAGCUCCGCAGCUAGCGAGCACGGCAGCCGAGCUGUUGGCCGCCUCUGACAAGUACGACCUGCCGUUGCUCAAAAAGAGGUGCGAGCAGCAGCUGGCGCAGGGCCUGAGUGUGGACAAUGCUGCCGCCACUGCAGUCCUAGCUGUGCUGCACUCCUGUUCGCAGCUCGAGAGUGCGGCUGUGAACUUCAUAGCGAGCCAUCCCGAGGUGAUGAUCUCUGCCGGUUGGAUAAAUGUGCUGCGGAGCAAUGCAGAGGCCGCAGUACAAAUCUGCACUCUGGCGGCGGCGGCGGCAGCACCAAACAUCAGGACUUCAUCUGUGAAGCAGACUUCACCUGUGAACCAGACACAGAACAUGGCAGCAAGGCUGACAGAGGCAGCUAAAUGUGGCAGAGCGGAUGAGCUGCAGAACCUGCUGGCCGAAGGUGCACCAGUUGAUGCGAGAGAUACCAGUGGGUUUACAGCCCUGCACCUGGCAGUGAUGAACACUGGUAAAAGUAAGUUGUUCGGGUUGAACACAGCCUCAGAUGUGGGACUGCGCGCUGUCAAGUGUCUGCUGAAUGCGGGGGCAAAUGUCAAUGCGGAAGACUUGAACAAGCAGACACCUCUGCACCUGGCUGCUUAUCGAGGUGAUUUGAAGAUCCUGUGGGUGCUGCUAACAUCGCCAGUGCAGUUAAAUGCCCGCGAUCGUUGGGGGAAAACGCCGCUCCACUGGGCUGCCACCACCACAAAGAAAGAAGCGACGAGGAUGCUGCUGCUUGCCGGAGCAGACAAGAAGGCGAGCGAUAGCGAAGGUUUUACCCCGGAAGAUAUGGCGAGCUCGUCCACUAAAAAAUUAUUCAAAGCGAUCGUAAUGGCUACAACCGACACUAAGGAUGGCAGUUUCGCGAGCGAUAUGGGUGCUCUGUUAGAAUCCGGCGAGGGUGCGGACGUGACCCUGGUGGUCGGCACCUCGCAGCUGCCGGCCCACAGUUUCGUGUUAGCGGCGAGGAGCCCCGUCUUUGCUGCCACGUUCCGGAACGACACGAAAGAAGCCCGCAGUCGUCGAAUCGAGAUAACUGACGUGCGGGAAGCUGUGCUGAGGCAGCUGCUGCGUUUCGUGUACACCGACGAAGCUCCGCAGCUAGCGAGCAUGGCAGCCGAGCUGUUGGCCGCCUCUGACAAGUACGACCUGCCGUUGCUCAAAAAGAGGUGCGAGCAGCAGCUGGCGCAGGGCCUGAGUGUGGACAACGCUGCCGCCACUGCAGUCCUAGCUGUGCUGCACUCCUGUUCGCGGCUCGAGAGUGCAGCUGUGAACUUCAUAGCGAGCCAUCCCGAGGUGAUGAUCUCUGCCGGUUGGAUAAAUGUGCUGAGGAGCAAUGCAGAGGCCGCAGUACAAAUCUGCACUCUGGCGGCGGCGGCGGCGGUAGCACCAAACAUCAGGACUUCACCUGUGAACCAGACACAGUCCAUGGCAGCAAGGCUGACAGAGGCAGCUAAAUGUGGCAGAGUGGAUGAGCUGCAGAACCUGCUGGCCGAAGGUGCAACAGUUGAUGCGAGAGAUACCAGUGGGUUUACAGCCCUGCACCUGGCAGUGAUGAACGCUGGUAAAAAUAACUUGUUUGGGUUGAACACAGCCUCAGAUGUGGGACUGCGCACUGUCAAGUGUCUGCUGAAUGCGGGGGCAAAUGUCAAUGCGGAAGACUCGAACAAGCAGACACCUCUGCACAUGGCUGCUUAUCGAGGUGAUUUGAAGAUCCUGUGGGUGCUGCUAACAUCGCCAGUGCAGUUAAAUGCCCGCGAUCGUUGGGGGAAAACGCCACUCCACUGGGCUGCCACCAUCACAAAGAAAGAAGCGACGAGGAUGCUGCUGCUUGCUGGAGCAGAGAAGAAGGCGAUCGAUAGCGAAGGUUUUACCCCGGAAGAUAUGGCGAAAGCGAUCGUAAUGGCUACAACCGACACUAAGGAUGGCAGUUUCGCGAGCGAUAUGGGUGCUCUGUUAGAAUCCGGCGAGGGUGCGGACGUGACCCUGGUGGUCGGCACCUCGCAGCUGCCGGCCCACAGUUUCGUGUUAGCGGCGAGGAGCCCCGUCUUUGCUGCCACGUUCCGGAACGACACGAAAGAAGCCCGCAGUCGUCGAAUCGAGAUAACUGACGUGCGGGAAGCUGUGCUGAGGCAGCUGCUGCGUUUCGUGUACACCGACGAAGCUCCGCAGCUAGCGAGCACGGCAGCCGAGCUGUUGGCCGCCUCUGACAAGUAUGACCUGCCGUUGCUCAAAAAGAGGUGCGAGCAGCAGCUGGCGCAGGGCCUGAGUGUGGACAACGCUGCCGCCACUGCAGUCCUAGCUGUGCUGCACUCCUGUUCGCGGCUCAAGAGUGCGGCUGUGAACUUCAUAGCGAGCCAUCCCGAGGUGAUGAUCUCUGCCGGUUGGAUAAAUGUGCUGCGGAGCAAUGCAGAGGCCGCAGUACAAAUCUGCACUCUGGCGGCGGCGGCGGCAGCACCAAACAUCAGGACUUCAUCUGUGAAGCAGACUUCACCUGUGAACCAGACACAGAACAUGGCAGCAAGGCUGACAGAGGCAGCUAAAUGUGGCAGAGUGGAUGAGCUGCAGAACCUGCUGGCCGAAGGUGCACCAGUUGAUGCGAGAGAUACCAAUGGGUUUACAGCCCUGCACCUGGCAGUGAUGAACGAUGGUACAAGUAUGUUCUCCAGUUCGAACAGAGCCUCAGAUGUGGGACUGCGCACUGUCAAGUGUCUGCUGAAUGCGGGGGCAAAUGUCAAUGCGCAAGACUCGAACAAGCAGACACCUCUGCACAUGGCUGCUUAUCGAGGUGAUUUGAAGAUCCUGUGGGUGCUGCUAACGUCGCCAGUGCAGUUAAAUGCCCGCGAUCGUUGGGGGAAAACGCCACUCCACUGGGCUGCCACCACCACAAAGAAAGAAGCGACGAGGAUGCUGCUGCUUGCCGGAGCGGACAAGAAGGCGAGGGAUGGAGAAGGUUUUACCCCGGAAGAUAUGGCAAGCUCAUCCACUAAACAAUUAUUCAUUUCAGUAAAUAUCUUGUACUACAUGUGUUCUAAUGUAGCCUUUAUUCUUCCUCAGCAUUCCAGCUAUCUCCGUGCCAAAUUUCAUCCCACUCGGUUCAGCGGUUUAGUUGUGAAGCGUGACAGACAGUGUUACUUUCGCAUUCGUAACAUCAGUAAUAAUUACACGUGCCGUAUCGCCAGUGUAGAGAAUUGUGCUAACUGUGGUGUAUUUUGCAGGACUUCAUCUGUGAAGCAGACUUCACCUGUGAACCAGACACAGAACAUGGCAGCAAGGCUGACAGAGGCAGCUAAAUGUGGCAGAGUGGAUGAGCUGCAGAACCUGCUGGCCGAAGGUGCACCAGUUGAUGCGAGAGAUACCAAUGGGUUUACAGCCCUGCACCUGGCAGUGAUGAACGAUGGUACAAGUAUGUUCUCCAGUUCGAACAGAGCCUCAGAUGUGGGACUGCGCACUGUCAAGUGUCUGCUGAAUGCGGGGGCAAAUGUCAAUGCGCAAGACUUGAACAAGCAGACACCUCUGCACAUGGCUGCUUAUCGAGGUGAUUUGAAGAUCCUGUGGGUGCUGCUAACGUCGCCAGUGCAGUUAAAUGCCCGCGAUCGUUGGGGGAAAACGCCACUCCACUGGGCUGCCACCACCACAAAGAAAGAAGCGACGAGGAUGCUGCUGCUUGCCGGAGCGGACAAGAAGGCGAGGGAUGGAGAAGGUUUUACCCCGGAAGAUAUGGCAAGCUCAUCCACUAAACAAUUAUUCAUUGUGUGUUGAAUGUUGUGUAAAUAAGCUUUCUGCUUUUGUACCUCUUAAAUUUUGUGAAAAUGAGUAAUUUAAGUCUACUUUUCCAGUUGUAUCAAAGAAAACUUUCUAAUAAAAUAUUUUGCAGGAUUUCUACUCCAUUGACUGCCUUCCGGGGGGGUAGCUGCUAUUAAUGUAGUG